AUGGCUGAACAAUUCCUAAGAUGUGAAAUAGGAGAUGGUGCGUUGGCGUUCUUUUGGUUUGACUAUUGGCUACCUUUAGGACCACUGAUUGAUUUCUUUGGAAGUGAUGGACCUGCCCACAUAGGCGUCCCUCUCUCUGCCAGAGUAAAGGAGUGUUGCACAUCUACUGGCUGGUCCCUAAGACCUGCAAGAUCUCCUAAAGCAGAGCAACUGCAAACCCUACUCUGUUCUAUCACUCUGCCAUCGUCAACAGACCGUCAUGACGUCUUCAAAUGGUAUGUGAAUGACAAAUACCUUGAUUCCUUCUCCACGAGUAAAACUUGGGAAGUAGUUAGACCUCGUGGAACUAGAGUGGAUUGGGAGUCUGUUGUCUGGUUCAGUGGGCAUAUACCAAAGCAUGCUUUCAACAUGUGGGUUGCUAACCAUGAUCGACUACCAACCGUUGUCGCCUGGCUGCUUGGGAUACAAGCAUUGUCAAAACGUGCCUGCUAUGCGGACACUAUGACGAAAGCAGAGACCAUUUCCUAA